AUGGCUUCGAUGGAACCAAGAGAGCUUGAAAGCGCCAUAGUGGGCGGGCAAUCGCCCGACAACGCGGUUCGAGAACGAAGCGAGCAGUUUAUCCUGGAAAAAAUAGCUGAAAAUCCGGGUCUUGGAUGUACGUUAUUGAUAGAAUUUGCGUUGCAAGACGAGAGAGCAGUCGAGCAUAGGCUUUACUCCUUGCUAACACUAAGAAAACUGGUAACAAUGCAUUGGAGUGCUGGUUUUGAAUCGUAUAUCGGUCCACCUGGAAUUGGCGAGGAAAAUAAACCUUUCAUUCGUGACGCGCUUUUGAAAUUAGGCCUCGACGAUCUACAAAACUCACGCAUUGUUGCAGGCAGUUCCUACUGCAUCGUCCAGAUUGCUGCGGUAGAUUUCCCUGAUUCCUGGCCAGAGCUUUUGGCUGCGGUAUUCGAUGCAAUCGUCACCAAACAAUCACUGAGCGCGCUACGGCUUUUGAACGAGAUUUUCGACGACAUCGUGUCGGAGGAAAUGUUCUUCCAAGGCGGUGUCGGCUGGCAAACAAUUCAACUAGUCACUGAGAUGCUCAAGAGUGAAAAAUUCGCUCUGACGGCCAAAAUCGCAGCAGGAAAUUUGUACUGCGUGUGCUUGGGACAGUUGCAGCUUCCGAGCGCCAAUGCUACCAAGGCACUCAGAGACUCUGUGACCGCUCACCUACGCGAAACGCUGCGGAUCUUGAUCGAGGGCAUAAGGUCAUACUCCUCGUUUGACAUUUCCAAUCUCGAUGUUCUCGAACUACUUCGUGUCAUGUUUGAAUGUGUCAAUAAAAUCACCACAUCGUUCUCAAAGAGCGUCGUCACUUCGGAACUCAACCACGAAAUCAAGACUAUGGUGAUCGAGGGCCUGGCUCGAGUUUCGCAAAUUCGCCAGACUCACAAAUUCACUUAUGAAUCAAAAGAGUUUACCGCGGUGGAUGAAUUGGGAUGCGAAUUGUUGCAGGCACUUGGCAACAUCAACAAUCUGGCACUAGAUGAAAGUCAGCUUCAUCGUGUCAUCGAGGCUCUGAUCUUUUGUAGUGCCCUGAUCGAUGACGACAUCGAGAAAUGGGAAGCAGACUUCAACAGCUUUAUAACCAUCGAAGAGGGUUUGAGCGGUCCAUACAGGAUGCGGAAUGCAAGCGAAGAUUUUUUGCAAGAUUCCCCAGCACAGCUUUGUGAGCUCAUCACAGAUGCCUUAUUGACGAUUUUCCCUACUUUAAUAAGAGACGACUGGAAACUAGGUGAAGCCAUUUUGUUUUUAUUUAAAUGGCUUUAUGAGGAUGUGGAGUUCAGCAUCGCAGUACAGGCACCGCGCUUUAUUGAAUUUAUGACCUUUCUAAACGACAGCAUUACUGCUCCACACGACGACCAAAAUGCGGUUUUGCUUGGCCGGAUGCUCAUUGUUGUACCGAGGAUGUUGAAGGUCACCAAAACUGCACAAGAGAACUGGAAUGACAUGGUCAAGUCUUUUGUGGACAUUUCCAUGAAACUAGCGUUGAAAUCAAAUGAUGAUAUUUUAGAGGUCGCAUUUCUUAAAUGCUUCUGUGAAUAUGCACAAAUUUCUGACUUACAUGAUGUAUUGGGAGAGCUAUCAUUUCAUCUUCGAGACGCAGUUUGCCGCAUAAUUGAAGAAGUUAGUGUCGAUAGUGAAGAAGACACGAUAAGUGUCAUACUGCAGGCUCUGACAGCCGCUGCUUCACUGAAGUUGGAAGACAACAAGGGCGGCCUUUUUUACCACAAUGUUCUCAAACUUCUUUUGAACAUCUCUUCAAAGAAUCCCUCAAAUAUCGAGGUGGUAUUGGAGGCAGAAGAAUGCUUGUCGACCAUAAUGAAGCGAGUAACAACUCCUGUUUAUACCGCUUACUCUGAAACUUGCAUGCCACUAAUUGUGGGCUCUCUAAAUCGUUUGAUAUGCGAGAAGAGCGAUUAUUCUCCAAGCGCUUGUCUUUCCCUGGAGCUUUUAAAAGUUUUCAUGAAGAGAAAGCCAAUAGAUGGUCCAAUACCCGCUGCUAUUAGUGACUUUGUUUUGAAACCGUUGAUCGAUAUUUUGGUCAAUUCAUAUGACGACGCAAUUACACAGCUUUCUUCAGAUUGUUUGGUUUUCUUGAUUCAUAACUCGUCAGCGGAAGAAAUCGAGCCUCUAUUACCUCUAAUCAUUUCAACCCUGGAAAAGUUACUAUCUGACGAAACUUCAGACUCUGGAGCCAUGAAUGUGGGGCCAUUAGUGCUAGUUGCGGUACAAAAGUUUCCAGGACAACUGCAUGAGCUUUUUCCCAGAAUCAUGGAAGCUGCAACCAGAAAGUUUGUUACCGCUGAAAACAUUUCCACUUCGGAGAAUUUGCUGUCACUGUUUUGCUACCUAAUGGCCAAGAGUCCCGAAGAAGUUAUAAGCUUCCUGUCAUCUUUCAGCGUAGAUGAAGAGGCUGGAGACGCGUUAAAUGCAGUGCUGCCAAAGUGGCUCGAUGCUUUCGAGGUUGUUCGUGGUAACAAGAGGAUCACUGAAAACAUCAAGGCCUUGUCCAAGCUCUUUUUCCAAGAAGACGAAAGAGUUUCCAGAAUUCAAGUCAGAGGCGAAGUUAUUCCGUAUGAGGGUGAUUUGAUUGUUACUCGAUCAAUGGCCAAGAAUAUGCCACAGGAAUACAAAAUGAUUUCUUUCUACGAGAAGGUAGCCAAACUUUUUGUCUCUGAGCUUGAGUUUCAAUCCAAGCAAAGUAAUGUGGACAAAUACGUGCUUUACGACGUCGAGAAGUAUGAUGACCAAGGAAAAGGAGAAGGCGAAGGUGAUUGGGAGGAUGUGGACAGCGUUUUGGAGUUCGAGAGAUUACAAGGACAUUUAGAUGACGAUAGCGAACCAGAUAGCGACUACUGGGAGUCCGGCGAUGACAGCGCGAGUGAUCUUGGCGACAGCUACGACGGCGUGGAGCAGGGCACAAGCAAGGAAAAAGGGCCAUCUGCGAGAGAACUUUUGAUAUCGUUUUUCCGCGAUGCUGCCUCAAAAAACUUGAACAGCUUCCAUGCAAUUUACGAGAGACUUUCUGACCACGAAAAAAAGGUAUUAUCAGAAAAUCUGAUAUGA